AUGCCAUUUCAGACAAAUAUUUUAUCAUAUAUAACUUUCCUUGUUAUAAUCAUAAUGUUGAAUAGUGAUACAAGUGCAACUACUUCAGUGAAUAAUAACCAGACAUCUGUUAAAGAACUCAUAUCGGUCAAUAUUGAUACAAAUAACACCAGUAAUACUAUUCAAGAGGUUAUCUAUGCCCAUUUUGGAGAUAUAAUUGAGAUUAAUUUGAAAGGAAAUCCAACCACUGGAUAUACAUAUCGAAUGAUCGACUUUCCAAAUACAAGUAUCAUCAAGCCACUGCUAAUUGACCCACUAUAUACCCAAGACCAUACAACAGAGUAUCUCCUCGGAGUUGGUGGCACAUUUACAUUCAAAUUUCAGGCAAUGAGUGCAGGUGAAACAAGUGCUUCACUUGUUUAUGCGCGUCACUUUGAGCACCGUCCAAUAUAUUUAAUCAGAGUAGAUGUCACAUUUAAAAUAUUAACGAGUAAUAUGUCUCCUUCAAAUAAACUCAUUUCUUAA